AUGCAGUUCGAAGCCUUCUGUGCAGGGGGCCUGGCCCCUGGCUGGAGCCUGCUGGUCCAGGGACACUCUGACUCUGGAGAGGACAAGUUUGAGAUCAACUUCCUGUCCGAGGCGGGGGACAUUGCCUUCCACAUCAAGCCCCGGUUCUCCAGUGCCACCGUGGUGGGCAACACUUUCCAGGGGGGCCGCUGGGGCCAGGAGGAAGUGUCCAGCGCCUUCCGGCUGGUGCUGGGGGAGCCCUUUGAGAUGGAGGUCAGCUCAGAUGAGGAGCACUUCCAUGUCCACGCCCAGGAGCACAAGGUGCUGCAGUUCGCACACCGUCACAGGCCACUGGCGGCCAUCACCCGGGUGCAGGUGCUGAGUGACCACCGCCUGGCCCAGGUGGAGCUGGCCAGGAGGGACCUGAGCUGGUGGUAA